UCGGGAAACCUGCUGGAGAGGUGAGUCCUAUUCCUCUUUGCUCUCCUCCCCGUGGACAACAUGGCGAACUGAACACUCAUCACCUGCGCUUUUUUCACGGCUCUGUAGUUUCAUUGCUGGACUGUAGGCUCGUGCACAGCUCCUGAGUGUAAAAAAAAAAUCAACCUAGAUUUCCGGUGUGUGUUCUGAGGUCGGACCGCGCGUCUCGAUGAAACCUUUGGCGGAAUCAUGUAACGAGCAUCAAAAGAAAAGCCCCGGGGAGAUGAUGAUGGCGAGUCAGGCGGUACCUGCUGGAAACACCGGAGAGGGUCAAACCCAGAUGAAUGGGUUCUCUGUGCCUCAUGGUGUGAGCAGUCCUGUUCCACAGUCCCAACUUGCGUCUAGCCCGUCCUCGCCUGUCCAUCAAGCACCGGUCAACCUUCCUAGAGGGCAGUGGGGCGGCAAGUAUGAGUUUCUGCUUUCCUGCAUCGGCUAUUGCGUGGGCCUGGGAAACGUCUGGAGAUUCCCUUACCUUUGCUACCGGAAUGGUGGAGGUGUGUUUCUCAUCCCUUACUUCAUCAUGCUCUUCUUCACGGGUAUGCCACUCUUCCUCAUGGAGCUUAGCUUGGGUCAGUACGGAGCUGCAGGCCCCAUCACCGUCUGGAAGUGCUGCCCGCUGCUUAAAGGGAUUGGUAUCGGGAUGUUGUGUGUGUCCACUCUGGUGUGUCUUUACUACAAUGUCAUCAUCGCUUGGACGUUUUAUUACCUGGGAAGUUCCUUCCAGAGCCCGCUGCCAUGGUCCUGUAAUGCUAUUGCUAAUGCUCCGCUGUGUAGGAACAACACCAAUGUCACACACUCCCUUAGCGCACCUGAGGUCUUCUGGAAUGAACGUGUCUUGGGUGUGGUCAACAGUCAGGGCCUGCAUGACCCCGGGCCAGUGAGAUGGCAGCUUGCUUUGUGUUUACUUGCUGCUUGGGUCAUCAUUUUCCUCUGCAUGCUAAAGGGCAUUCACAGCUCUGGCAAGGUGGUCUAUGUGACAGCCACGUUUCCCUACUUCGUGCUGAUUGUUCUGAUCAUCAGAGGUGCCACUUUAGAGGGCUCACUCCAAGGUGUAGCCUUUUACCUCACUCCGGUCUGGGAGCGGCUGGCUAACGCACAGGUGUGGAAUGAUGCUGCCUCACAGAUCUUCUACUCACUGGGCAUUGGAGUAGGAGGCCUUCUUUCUAUGGCUUCCUACAAUAAAUUUGACAAUAAUGUCAUCAGGGACACUCUAGUCAUCACUAUAGGCAACUGUGCCACCAGCUUUUUUGCAGGCUUUGCUAUCUUUUCCAUCCUGGGUCACAUGGCCUGGAGGAAGGGUGUGCCUGUGGAACAGGUUGCAGAUACAGGUCCAGGCCUGGCAUUUGUAGCUUAUCCAGAAGCUCUGGCUCUUCUGCCUGGUUCAGUUUUCUGGGCCGUUCUGUUUUUCCUCAUGCUCUUUAUGCUAGGAGUGGACACACUGUUUGGUAAUAUGGAAGGUAUUACCACAGCUGUACUGGAUGAAUUUCCUCAGCUCAGAGCCAAUAUGAAGCAGAAGACCAUUUUCCUGGCCAUCCUCUGCUUCGGCUUUUACCUGAUGGGCCUGUUACUGGUAACUGAUGGAGGGAUUUACUGGUUCACCCUCAUAGACUCAUUCAGCACCAGUUUCGGUCUCAUCAUCAUCACUCUGUUCAUGUGUCUGGGCAUGUCAUUCUUCUAUGGAGUGAACCAAUUCUGCCAGGACAUUGUGGAUAUGAUCUGUCCCUGCCCGUCCUGGUGCACCAAACUGCUGCUCUACUUCAAAGCAUGCUGGGUUUUCUGCACACCCUUCCUGUUACUGUUCAUCCUGACCUACAUCUUUAUUGAGAUGUACCGAACGUCCCUGCAUUAUGGCUCAUAUCAGUACCCCACAUGGGGCAAAGGGCUGGGGGUGUGUAUGGGCCUCUUCUGCUGCCUGCAAAUCCCCAUCUGGGCCAUUGUGGCUGUCUGGAAGGAGUCUGGCACUAUGAUGGAACGCUUCCAGAAAGCCAUCCGACCGCUGAACUCCUGGCGAGUCAACAACCAGGGCAAUGGCACUCAGGAGCAGCGCACAGAGCCUGAGAGAGUGGAAGGACCCUACACCGUGAACCUGACCGAUAUGGACUUCACUGCGAUGGCCUGGGACGCGAGUGACGCAUAAACAAUGUGCCAGUGUGAGAAGGCUGAACUUCUUCCUGUUAAAGGAUAAGCCUUAUCUAUGGACAUGUGAGGAAGCUCACACUGCGGAGACUAAAAAUAUGUUCUCAUUAAAUGCACUAAAUGUUUCUUAGUGCAUUGACGGUGCCUAUUUCCUUAAAGGAACACGACGAAACUGGAAAUAAUAAUAAAGUGACAGUUUUCUAUAAAGGGCGUGAGAAAUGCCCAUUGGUUCAUAUUUCCAACCACACACUCUGUUCAGAAAGCAGUAAGCACUUCCCCAAUGGGGAUUUUUCUUUUUGUAUAACAACAAAUGACACAAGACAGUUUUUAAUGAUCAUUUUAUUAAAAUAUUUAAUGGAGUCAUAUGUUACGAAGGUGAGACAUCCAAGUGUCUUCAACCUGCCAUUGACAAUUGAGACCUACCCCUAGGCCUGGAGUCUACUUCAGCCUGCUCUCUGGGAGAGAUAGAGGGUUUUACCCUUAUGUUCAUGCUAGCAAGUUGCUCAUGUUGCUUGUAGUUUGUCUGUAGUAGCGACUGCCCUUUGGACAAGCACAGUCCAGCAGUAUUUUUUUAAGCUCUAACAAGAAACAGUAAUAGCCAAAAUGUAUAACCUAGAGCUGACUCUACGAUGUAAACCCAUCACUUUUGCUUUUGAUGCACGUUACCUGCUGAAGCUCAAACUAGCUGGCUAAACUGUACUAGCUUUCUUUCGGUCACCAGAGUCACCGAUGAUCUUUGAUACUUCCUUCCAAACUGUUUGUUUUAGUUUCUUAAAAUCUCAUUUAAAGAGAUGACAGGAUCAGUUGAAACAAUGGAUAUACACCGAUCAGGCGUAACAUUAUGACCACUGAGAGGUGACAUGAAUAAGACUGAGCAUCUCCUCAUCAUGGCACCUGUUAGUGGGUGGGAUAUAUUAGGCAGCAAGUCAACAUUUUGUCCUCAAAGUUGAUGUGUUAGAAGCAGGAAAAAUGGACAAGCGAAAAAGAUGAUGGCUAGACCACCGGAUCAGAGCAUCUCCAAAACUUGCAGCUCUUGAGGGGUGUUCUCGGUCUGCAGUGGUCAGUAUCUAUCAAAAGUGGUCCAAGGAAGGAACAGUGGUGAACCGGAGACAGGGUCAUGGGUGGCCGAGGCUCAUUGAUGCACGUGGGGAGAGAAGGCUGGCCUGUGUGAUCCGAUCCAACAGACAAGCUACUGUUGCUCAAAUUGCUGAAGAAGUUAAUGCUGGUUCUGAUAGAAAGGUGUCAUCGCAGUUUGUUGUGUUUUGGCAGCAAAAGAGGGGACUGACACAAUAUUAGGCAGGUGGUCAUAAAGUUAUGCCUGAUCGGUGUACAUUUCUGCACGUCAAAGUGAGAAUUAAUGUCCUGAAUGCAAAACUCUCGCUUCAUUGUGUCAUCCUUAAUUAUUAUACAAUUUUGAAAAUUUUAGUUGUCUAGCCUUCGCCUUUGUGCUUCAUUAGUGUGAACAUAAGGUUAUUUCUCUCUUCCUUUGUGGGUCAGAGCAACGCUAAUAGAACAGCGAGCUGCAGUCUGUACAUGCUCACAGUGUGUGUUCCACUGCCAUGGUGUUGAUGUGGCUGGAGAUAUGAAAAGAAGCAUGUGUUGUUAAUCUUCCCGGACUCAUACGACAGCCUGCUUAUGGUGGAAAAUGAUACUAACAGGGAAAAGGAGUCAUGAAUCCGAAAGGAAAUAUUGCUUUAAGAUUUGCAAUAUAAUAGAGCUUAAGAGCAGUAUUUCACACUAAAAUUACAUCGCAUCAAUAUCUCUAAAGAAUUCAAACUUCUAGGCGUGGAAAACCAUCCUGUAUUUUAAUUCAAACUAAUGCAAAAUAUAGAGAUUUUAGUGGAUUUUUUUUAUAUUAUCUAACUACUGUAACUAAAUGUAUGCCUGUUAUGAAUUUUUUGUUUUUGACAUUUCAGGUAAUUUAUUUCACUUCUAUUUAAAACAUUUUGAAUAAAAUUGUAAUUGUAAAAAAAAAUAAAAAAAAUUACAUAAGAAACACCUCUGUGUUGAGUCCAACACCAAGUUCAUGCAUGGUGUAAGACGGUGUUAAAGGAGAUUAUAUGACCAGUAUUUAUUCCAUGUCACUGUUUGUUAGCUGAGAUCUACUUCAGAUUCAGGUUCAGGUUCAUGAUGUUCAUGAUUAAAUCUAAAUAACCUGUGGCUCAGGGCUACAGCACACAUCCAGAGAGCAGAGUUGUGGGGAAAAGAAACAAACCAGUUUGUAAAUGAAACGCUAAAACACUGGGAAGUGUGACAUGAGUUCACAUCCUCAUCAUGAGAUACUUCAGCUUUCCCACAGACACGAUGUUUAUGAUAUGUUUACUCCGAACCCUGGGUAACGUCUAAACUCGGCUCAGCCUGCGAGCCUCGCCUUUGGAAAACUCUCUGGAUUUACGAGGAGCCACACAGAGCAGAGCGCUGCCUUAAAGUGUGCUAUUACAUCAGACUCCAUGCAAACAAGCCGUCACAGUGAGCAGAGUGCACUUUGCCUCUGGCAUUUCUGGGGCCCUGAUUCCUUCAUGCCACCGUCAGACAGGAAAGAUUUCCAUUCAGCUACAGAGUAAUGACCAUGUUCCAUUAAACCAAGACUGAUCAGGCAUAACAUUAUGACCACAUGCCUACGAUUGUGUCGGUCCCCCUUUUGCUGCCAAAACAGCCCUGAGUUGUUGAGGCAUGGACUCCACCAAGAUGUUAGUCCUGUAAAAAACUUACAGGACAUAAAGGAAACUUUUGUAAAGAUACUGACCACUGCAGACCGGGAACACCCCACAAGAGCUGCAGUUUUGGAGAUGCUCUGAUCCAGUGGUCUAGCCAUCACAAUUUGGCCCUUUUGGUCAAACUCACUCAAAUCCUUACACUUGUCCAUUUUUCCUGCUUCUAACAUCAACUUUGAGGACAAAAUGUUGACUUGCUGCCUAAUAUAUCCCACCCACUAACAGGUGCCAUGAUGAGGAGAUCAUCAGUCUUAUUCACUUCACCUCUCAGUGGUCAUAAUGUUAUGCCUGAUCUGUGUGUAUAUGCUCAUGUUAUUUUCCAGAAGGGUCUGAGAUCUAAUCCUGCAUGGUACUGUUGUUUUCACAUUUCACGAUGCUAUAAAUAUUUGUAGAACAUAAUAUGUACACUAGAAUAUACUGCCACUAAC